GCCCGUCAGGCCUACUGUCGUCGAAGCGGCCUGCCGAUGUGGUAUGCCAACGAGCCGAUGUCCCGCAUCGACCUGGGCGAAACAUGCACCAUGAAGACUGUGAAGGGAUUCAUUGCGGUUUCUCUCAAUUUCUGCCAGGGCAAUUGCACUUUUGCUCAUCAGUUGGACGAGCUGGUGUACCGGCCCGAUCUUACGCAACUGGUCUUUCAAAGCACAUUGGCCGAGUUUUCGAACAUGUGCGCACGGUUCUUGUCCGGCGCCUGCAAUGUCAAAAAUUGCAGCUUCGCCCACAGUGAGCGAUCUUGCAGUGUGAUGCACCCGGCAGACUCGGCAGAGAUUGGUAAUGUGGAGCCGAGGGGCAGAGCUCGGCAUCGUGCGAAUUUAAUGCCCCCGAGGGGCGUCGGAGUUCUGGUUGCAUGUGAUGCCAUUGCGCAGUUUGCACGGCUGUUCGGCAUCACGUUCAUCAUUGCAGCUCCGGUGGUUCUCAGGUUGCGGGAGGCUUUAGCUGUGGAGAUGUCUCCACUCCCAGUGGCAACAAUGCCGACACCUCCGCAGCAUUGGUUUGAAAGGCCAGAAAAGGCGACGACGGCGACGCCGCCCCUCCUUCAAGAUGACGGAAAUGGCGAAGAUGCGGCCCGCGAGGGUUUCAACGUUCGUGCCAGGUGCAGGUGGACAUCCGUGUGCAUCCACCUGUUACUGUGGAAACGACGUCGGCUGUUACGGCAUGGCCGUAUCCUUCUUUCCAGAUCCCGGCAGAAGCUGUUGCGCAAAGAAGAAGUGGAUGAGGUGUCAUCCAUGCUCCUGGACGACUUCACCUGGCUUCCGGAGUUCGUGGCUUUUGCACACCGGUGCAGCAGGUUGUUAGCGGAGCGCAUGGAAGUACCAGUGGAGCAGAGCGCCGGCACAACGCAACCCAUUUGA